AUGAUACUCCACCCAUUUAUUCCAUGUACUGUAUCUUUAUCCGUCAAUGGUGUUUGUUGUAUACCUUUUAUUCUUUGCAAUACAAUUCUGAGUACGGUUAUUGGUUUCUAUGUGCAGUUAUUUUCAACAAUAAAAGAUAGUCAGUUUCAAGUUUGUGUAAGGGUGUUUGAGAGUAAUUCUGAAUUAUGUACCGAAGAUAAUUUAGUAGAAGAACAUAAGCUAAUGAGUAUGCCCCCUGCACCUAGAGGACUGCCUCAGAUUGAAAUUGUUUUUUCUGUUGAUGCUAGUGGUAUUUCUACUGUUUAUAGCAAGAUUAGACUAUUUGGUAAAUUACAACGGAUAACAGUCACAUCUUCUCUAAGUAUUUCUGAUAGAAAAACGGAUAUGAUAAUUAGAGAAGAGGAUCUACAUAUUAAAAAGGAUAAAGAGAUAUUUUCAGAUUCCUUUCUCCCUCGUCAAAUUGAUUGGUUCGCAGAAGGGGCAGUAUCACCAAUCAUGAAUCAGGGACUAUGUGGUUGUUGUUGGGCUACUUCCUGUAUAUCCGCAGUUGAAAGUUUAUAUUUCAUAUACACGGGCCGACUGAUAAGAUUAUCUGCACAACAGUUAGUUGAUUGUGCCGUGUUGGAUGGUUGUAAAGGAGCAAAUCCACAUUUUGCUUAUUGGUUUAUGAAAUUUCAUGGUGUGUGUGCAGAAAAGGAUUACCCAUAUACAUCCAAGGUACAAGCCUGUGAUAUUAGUCAGGGAAAAUUUCUUGUUUGGUUCUAA